AUCGGCAAAAAUUUAACAUCGCAACUGGAUUCGCUUGCCCAACACCUGGCCGCCUUCUCGGACCGGCGCGCCGUGCAUCUUAGCUUCCUUUCCAACACUUCAUCUCAAGGCCUGCCUCAGUACUGCUCAAAGCAUCUGCGCUUGUUCAAGACUAGUCAGCGAAAUUAGCAUCAGCAAGUCUCACAAGACGCUAACGACGGCAGCAGCGUGGCGCGGCGGGGCACACGCAUGCAUAAAGUCGCCCUUAUCGAGCUCGCUACCACCAGCCAACCCGAGCUCGCUACCACCAAUCCAAUCACACGACAGCCAGGCCUUGUGCUCGUCAACACCAUUUUUUUCGCGCUGCCUCAUGAACCCGCAUCACUUUUAGACCUCGGCAGUAGUGGUUCCGAGGCCGAUAGACAUGCCAACCGCUACCUCGACGCCAGGAGACACCGCUGCCAUGCUACCCCCUCUGACGCCAGUCCCAAAGUUUGACUCGCCGGUCAAUCCUCUGGAACAUCAAGGCAACAGCGGCAGCUCAUCAGCUUCGACAUUCCGACACGCCAUUGCAGACCGAUCGGCGACUGCAGGACAGGCCAACGUCAUCGCAUCCACAAGCAUAUCCUCUGUGAUGGGCGCCCGCGCCGGCCCAGCGAAUGGUCACGGCGACGAUGAAGAGAGUGAAGACGAGGACGUCAUGUUCGUCUCGAUGGAAUGGCAUGCCCCUGCGAAACUCAACGACGAGUUGCCGCCACAGGCCGUGGUCAAGAAGGAGUCAUCGUCGGCGCCGCAGCAGCAGCCACAUUCGCCUCUGCAGGAACCCCAUGACCAUGGCAGCAAUGAUGCAAUGUACAUUGACAUGACGAGGACAUCGCAAGAAGACGACGACGCCUCGCUGCCCACGGCAAGAGAGAUGAACAGUGCGGCCGCUGCCUCAAGCUCAGCCUCGGCGCUCACAUCCGCCCCUCCAGCAACUUACAUUACCAGCAUCGUCACAGGCCGGCCACACCCGAUCAACCUCAACACCUGGCGAUGGGCAGCCGCAGCCAACAUUCCUCUCCCCAAGCGCGACAUCGGAGGAUGGAAGGUCCUCACCCCCUGGCCGCGAGCGAGGCCCUCGCGCGGCGAUGCCGACAUCCCUGAGAGCGGCGCCAUGUCUUACUCUACACUCUCGACCGCCGCGUUGGAGCAACGACGAAACCAAAUUCUAGAUGUCGACGGCUUCCUCCGUCGGGCGGCAAAGCUGCGCUCAACCGGCACGAGUCCAUGGAGCGAUGCAGCGAAGGCUGAAUGCGAGAAGUCGAAGCAACGUGGCAAGAGACGAGGACGCUCCACUUCUCGCUCUCCUCCUCCCAAUCGAUGCCACUAUCCGCUACCCAAGAUCUAUGCGGAUCUGUUAGGGGAAAUCCGCGACGAGGAGCGGGCAUCGAGUCGUUGGGCAAGCAGAAUGAUCAGCGAAGCGUGUGAUGUCGCUUGGGACUCCGAUGACGACGCAGACCACGACGAUCCUUGGCAGAUGCACCACGCCCCGAGCGAGGCAGGCAGCUCGAGAUUUGCUGGACCCUCGGACAGGGGAAUCAGGCUGGGAAGCACCGUCAGCUCCUUGGGUGCGAUGACCAGUGCUGGUGGGGCGGUGGGUAGCGAUUCAAGGGAGAGGAGACCGAGGAGGACCCAAGGUGUCGCGCCUACUACGACGACGAUCGCUGCAGCUGUCACUCGCAGUGCGGUAUCUCAGCGUACACAACGCAGGUACUCGGCCAUGUCGCAGAGGGAUGUUGAAGACCUAUGGUCUGAGUCCGGCCCCUCCAUGGAGAUACAGACGAGAAGGAAGACGAGGAGGCGUGGCGCAGGGCCCGCGAUCACGGCGGCGACGACGACCGGAGACCUGCAGACACAAAGUGAGCGGCCUCGUGACUCGCUUUCGCGGUCGAUCUCCCCGCAGCAAGUCCGACAGCCAAGAAACAGUGGAGCGGGCGGCAGCCGUCCGUCCCCGACGUCGCGCGGCUUGUCCUCUAGCAUGCCUUCGCCUGAUAAUGCUGCAGAAUUACGCAGGAACGCUGAGGGCAUGACCUCUGCUGCCAUGAGCAGCUUUCCCUCAACUUCGACGUACGCGUCGACGCGCUCACCCGCUGCGGCUUCCUCCGCUUUGCCUUCAGGGAGUAGCAGAGCAGCUCCGAGGCAUAUGACGAUCGUAGCGCCACGUGAAACCACCACAGCCUCUUCCUUCGGAAUCACCGAGGCGCGCCAUCGUCCCGAGCUGCAGCGACGUCGCUCGUCCGGAGAGACAAUGGACGCUGCCCCCAUCCAGUGGGACAUGAGCGCCUACAACAGCUUCCCUACGGGGAGAGCCGAUAGCUCCUUUGCUGAAUCCUCUCGUCGCCGAAGGCGAAGGCCCUCAGCAAGCGAUACAGAAGAUGAGGAAGAGGGCUACGGGGGAAACAACGAGAGUUUUAGAAACGCUCAUCGACGAGAAGGAAAGCAGAGGGCCUCUGGCUCAAAGAGGACGACCCAGGGCAGCAGAAGCGUGGCGUCAGCUCGAGGCGUCACGCCGGCCUCAGAGGGGGGCUCUCCACCCUAUCUGCCCACGUCACGCCUGCCAGCCACUUCAUCGUGGAGACCUCUCUCAUCAGCCAGCAAUUUCCGUACUCACGCGCAAGCUUCAUCCUUCGACCCUGAUCCACGCUCCCGUUCCUCCUCCAUUGAGAUGACAGACGGCCAGGCCUUCCAAGCCGCGCUGGCCGCUGCAGCCUCUCAUUCGCCCUCCAAAGGCGGCACCAGCAGCUCUUCUCCCCGCAGACCUGGAGCGAGUAUGGGUGGUGGGAGAAGGCGGAGGAAGAGAAUGAGUAGUGCGGGGAGUAUCAGUGGGGCUGCCGGAGCGGGAACCGGAUCAGGAGGAGUUGCGCUGGCGUCGGCGACGGGUGCGGGGCCAAUGUCUACUUUCUCCACGGGGCCAUCCUCGUCAUCGUCCUUGUCGUCAUCGCAGAGACGAGAACUCCAGUUUGAUCGUCGGACCGGGACUCUGCUUGCUGCACCGCAGGGCAAUCCUGGCGCUCGAAACGGAGGGAGGGCCGAGAGUACGACCAAUGGCAGCAAUCCUUCUCGAGAGAUCGCAGCCGCAUCGCCAGAAGACCUCCACGUCGAUAUCUCCGACAGCCACGACGCUCAAGACAGUGACGAAGAUGACGAGCGCCCACCGCAACACGAAGAGACUCCCUACAGGGCAAGAUUGAUCUCGAGCUUUUCCUCGCAGGCGCGCCGGGCUGAACGAGACCAUCUCACCUCGCCACCCGCCUCGCGCUGGGUCCCACUGCAUAGCCAGAACAUCCAAUCUCGUCAGCAGCAUCGUGCUCAACAGGCCAGCACGAGUUCGGAUGGUGGGAGAAUGGGAGGACUUGCAGCCGCAGCUGCCGAGGCGCAGGAGCUCAGGGCUGGGAGCUGGCCAAGUGGGAGCCAGGUCAGGGGAAAGGGUGACAGGGAAAGGCCCUUUGAGCUGUCUGACUCGGAGUGAGGAUCAGUAGUGCGGCGAAAGCGGCGAAUCGGAAUAUUCCCAUCAUCGCAUGCCAUUCUAACAAUCAUUGACAAUCAUCGAACUCCUGUGUCACUUCGUAGACCGUUGUGAGCCAAUGAC